AUGUUCCCCUCAAGGAAAGAGAGCCUACCAUCCCCGAGCCUGGAGGACUCUUUCUUUCCCUUCUCCUCGUCUUCCUCCUCCACGCGGAUGAUGAUGGCCCCAGGCCUGGACGUAGAUGACCUCGCGCGCUCUCCCCAAGACGUCAGCAGCCCGACUCUGCUGGAGAAAGACCUGAUCCUGGCCGCUGAGGUGGGGCGAGCGCUGGUGGAGAAAUGCACGGAGCUGGGAGCUCAGCUGGAGCAGAGGGAAAGAGAGAUGGAGGUUCUUCAGCAGGAGAAGCAUAUGCUGCAGCAGCGGUUGGAGAUGCAACACUUGGAGGCCUCCCAGCGAGAAGAGGAGCUGCAGGCAGACAUUAGCGCUCUUCAGGAGCAACUGCAACACAAGCUCAGCCUGGGCCGCGAUCGCCGCCGUGAGGAGAGCGAGCAACUCACUCAGCUGUCCAAUCACAACCAGAAACUGGUGGAGCAGUUGGCAGAGGCAGUGUCUCUGGAGCACACCCUGCGUUCAGAGAUUCGUGCUCUGAGAGAUGAAAUGGAUGACACCUCUUUCAGUCGGUCUAUAAGCUCCGCUCGAAUGGACAGCCUGCAAGCAGAGAACAAAGUCCUUCAAGAACGCUACGCUAAUCUAGACAGUCGCCUGCAGUCUACGCUUGAAGAUAACGACAGAUUACGUGCCGAGAAGGACGGCCUCAGGCAGAGAGUGGCAGAGCUUCAGAGCAGUCUGAAAGAGAAGGAGUCAGAGCUCGAGCAAGAGCACAGCGUCGUGUUCCAGCUGCGUACGGUGAACAGGACUUUGGAGCAGCGCAUCCAGGCCCUGGGAGAGGAGGUCACACUCGGAGAGUCCGUUUGCUUCCCUCUGUCCCUGCAAAGUGAGAUCCAGCAGUCUCAGGCCACAGAAGCAAUCUUAACCCAUUCAGCCAUCCUACAAGCAAGAGACAAGGAAAUUGAAAGUCUGAAGGAGGAGCUUCAAUCCAAAGACACAGAGCUACGAUCGUUAAGAGAAGAGUUUGAGCCGUUCCGAUCCAGUCCCGGCAAACCAAGUUACAGAUCUCUGGAAGAGGAGAUUAUUUUAGCUCGACAGGAACGCGACUCACUAAAUCAACAGCUUAUGAACACAAUUAAACACAAAGUGGCAUUAUCUCAAGAGGUGGAUGCUUGGCAGGAGGAUAUGAGACUGGUGAUUUGUCAACAAGUCCAGUUACAAGAGCAAGAAAGACAGAGAGAAAAACAAAAAACGUCGACCCUGCAAAGAGGUACCCGCACCAGCAAAUCUCUUCGUUUGCGAGGGGAGGAUGGAAAGAAAAGUUUCUUCUCCUCUCUGUUUGGUGGAGACUAA